CUUUGACCAUUAUGUUAGCAACCAGCCACUCAGUAUGGGCACCUCUUCAGUUUUACUGAAUGCAGGAUUUAAAAGGGUUCCAAGAUUGGACAAUGCGGACGGCAAAAGCGUAUAUCUCAUGAUGGCAGUUCCUAGACGGCUGCAGGAGCCAGUUAAGAUGGCCUCCCCCAACAACACCCGGCAGGCCCAGAAAGAUGCCGCCGACCAGAACUUCGACUACGUGUUCAAGCUGCUGAUCACUGGGAACAGCAGCGUGGGGAAGACGUCCUUCCUGUUCCGCUACACCAACGACUCCUUCACCUCGGCCUUCGUCAGCACCGUGGGCAUCGACUUCAAGGUCAAGGCGGUCUACAGGAACGAGAAGAGAUUCAAGCUGCAGAUCUGGGGUUUGAAUUCUUCGAAGCCAGCGCCAAGGUCAACAUCAACGUAGAGCAGGUCUUUGAGCGCCUGGUGGCAGGAACCGCGCCGCCAGGCAGGAACCGUGCCCAGCCGAGGUCGGGG